AUGCAGGACAGCUCAGUUACUUUCUCCAUGUUGAUAAAGAGCAAUUUGGAGGAUCUGGAUUCGCUUUCUCCAAAGCAGAAAGCAGAGCUGAUACUUGAUCCAUCCAGUGGCGCUCUGGAGAAUGAGACGCUGGUGAAAGAAGUGAUGAUGGGAAUAAUCUCAUCUUCUGGAGAGGAGCAGCUCUAUGUGUUCUUUGAGAUGUUUGUCAGCAUCACCAAGCAGGAACAAAUCAACUUCAUUGAAAGCGCAGCUGUGAGAGACGCAAUCCUGAACAUGACUUUGACGGCUCUAGCUCCCAACUUUGACACCUUCCAACCAAGUGAAUAUGAGUUGUGGUUCCAAGUGAAUCUGUUUGUUGUACUGGCCAGUUUCCAACCCAUUUGGCUGCUGGUGAUCCCUGGAAACCUCAGCUGUGACUCCUAUAAAGCAAUUCUGAAGGGCAUGGACAUGAGUCUUGCAGUUCUUCCACUCGACCUUGGACAGGAACUCAGAUCAAGCAGAGAAAUGCUGAGCCAGACUUUGCCAAAAGGUUGUACAGCUCCCUUCCCUGUUGGAGUGUGCAAGAAGACAGUAGUAGAUGAAGCACACAUUUGUCAAAGUGCAGGAAGUCAUCCAGUUCAGACUCAAGUCUCCUUUGGAAAUGUCUCUGCUCAGCUCUGCAACUCCAGCAUCUCUGACCUCGCCUGUUCAUCAGUUGCAGCUCUGUCCUCCAGCGAUCUGGCUGAAGUCUUGGCAUGCAAUCUGGACAGCAGCAUGAACUACAGCAGGGCACUUUGGAAUGUUUUCUUCAAGAAGUUUGCAGCAUCUCUGGAUGAAGCCCUGGAUGCGUACUCCAACAUGACCCUCACCAUCAGUCUGCCUGACCCAGAUGUUCUUGAUGCCAUUGCUGAGGUGAAAGUCAACAUGUUCAGCGAUGCACAGCUUACGGAUGCCGUUUUCAUCACCAAGUGGUUCCAGGAAAGGCUCAGGCCAUUUUUGUCAUCAGUGUCCGCAGACUUCCUCUCCUGUCUCAGUUCCAAGAACUUCAGCUGUCAGACCUACCAAGUUGUGGUGGAGGCUCUGAGCAGGCAAGAUCAACUCAUGAAAGAGGAACAGAAAUGGUCCAUCUUUACUUAUUUCAUCUAUCCUUUCCUCUCAAGAGAUGACCUAUCAGAUCCCAGUUGUGUUUCCAGCACUUCUGGCAGCAGUGACUGGCUAGCAAAGAACUUUGGCAAGUUCUCCGCCUAUGCCAGCUUGGAGGAGCUUUUAAUACUGAAUAUACAUUUCUCCAGCUUAGAUUCUUUGGACCUGCUGACCCCUAGCCAAGCAGCUGAAGUAACUCUGACCUCUGGAGCACUGAACAGCACAAGUCAGAUGGACCAGGUGUUCGAUCGACUAGAGAAAGGCGAUGCUUUCAAGAAUGUGGAUGAGUUUUUCACAGCCCUCACUGAACAGGAGCAGGUUGCCGAUAUCAUCCCUGCUGUGAGAGAUGUGAUGAUGAAGCGAACCUUUGAAAUCAUCAGCAUUGAGUUUCCACAGUUUGAAACCCUUGACUGGAUCGAGUGGUUUGAGGUCAAGCUGAACCCUGUCCUUCCUAGUUUCACUGCAGAGAUGCUAGUAACAACCAUCAACAACACCGACUGCACUAACUACCGAGUGAUUGUUUCAGGAAUAAGUGCUGUGUUCUAUAAAAUGACUGCCAGCAACAGGGAGGACAUAACAAAGGUUUUAGUGAAAUACCUGAAGGAUCUUGCUGCACAGCUAAACACACCAGUUUGCAGAAAGGAUAUCCAGAGUGAUUCUGAUUGGCUGAGUGUCAACUUGGGUCUGUUCUCGACAACAGCAGACUACUCUGAUCUUAAAGAAUUGAAUAUCUCUGGGGUGGAGGUUCUGGACUCACUUUCUCCAGAACAGAAAGCAGAGCUGAUACUUGAUCCAAACAGCGGUGCUCUGGAGAAUGAGACGCUGGUGAAAGAAGUGAUGAUGGGAAUAAUCUCAUCUUCUGGAGAGGAGCAGCUCUAUGUGUUCUUUGAGAUGUUUGUCAGCAUCACCAAGCAGGAACAAAUCAACUUCAUUGAAAACGCAGCUGUGAGAGACGCAAUCCUGAACAUGACUUUGACGGCUCUGGCUCCCAACUUUGACACCUUCCAACCAAGUGAAUAUGAGUUGUGGUUCCAAGUGAAUCUGUUUGUUGUACUGGCCAGUUUCCAACCCAUUUGGCUGCUGGUGAUCCCUGGAAACCUCAGCUGUGACUCCUAUAAAGCAAUUCUGAAGGGCAUGGACAUGAGUCUUGCAGUUCUUCCACUCGACCUUGGACAGGAACUCAGAUCAAGCAGAGAAAUGCUGAGCCAGACUUUGCCAAAAGGUUGUACAGCUCCCUUCCCUGUUGGAGUGUGCAAGAAGACAGUAGUAGAUGAAGCACACAUUUGUCAAAGUGCAGGAAGUCAUCCAGUUCAGACUCAAGUCUCCUUUGGAAAUGUCUCUGCUCAGCUCUGCAACUCCAGCAUCUCUGACCUCGCCUGUUCAUCAGUUGCAGCUCUGUCCUCCAGCGAUCUGGCUGAAGUCUUGGCAUGCAAUCUGGACAGCAGCAUGAACUACAGCAGGGCACUUUGGAAUGUUUUCUUCAAGAAGUUUGCAGCAUCUCUGGAUGAAGCCCUGGAUGCGUACUCCAACAUGACCCUCACCAUCAGUCUGCCUGACCCAGAUGUUCUUGAUGCCAUUGCUGAGGUGAAAGUCAACAUGUUCAGCGAUGCACAGCUUACGGAUGCCGUUUUCAUCACCAAGUGGUUCCAGGAAAGGCUCAGGCCAUUUUUGUCAUCAGUGUCCGCAGACUUCCUCUCCUGUCUCAGUUCCAAGAACUUCAGCUGUCAGACCUACCAAGUUGUGGUGGAGGCUCUGAGCAGGCAAGAUCAACUCAUGAAAGAGGAACAGAAAUGGUCCAUCUUUACUUAUUUCAUCUAUCCUUUCCUCUCAAGAGAUGACCUAUCAGAUCCCAGUUGUGUUUCCAGCACUUCUGGCAGCAGUGACUGGCUAGCAAAGAACUUUGGCAAGUUCUCCGCCUAUGCCAGCUUGGAGGAGCUUUUAAUACUGAAUAUACAUUUCUCCAGCUUAGAUUCUUUGGACCUGCUGACCCCUAGCCAAGCAGCUGAAGUAACUCUGACCUCUGGAGCACUGAACAGCACAAGUCAGAUGGACCAGGUGUUCGAUCGACUAGAGAAAGGCGAUGCUUUCAAGAAUGUGGAUGAGUUUUUCACAGCCCUCACUGAACAGGAGCAGGUUGCCGAUAUCAUCCCUGCUGUGAGAGAUGUGAUGAUGAAGCGAACCUUUGAAAUCAUCAGCAUUGAGUUUCCACAGUUUGAAACCCUUGACUGGAUCGAGUGGUUUGAGGUCAAGCUGAACCCUGUCCUUCCUAGUUUCACUGCAGAGAUGCUAGUAACAACCAUCAACAACACCGACUGCACUAACUACCGAGUGAUUGUUUCAGGAAUAAGUGCUGUGUUCUAUAAAAUGACUGCCAGCAACAGGGAGGACAUAACAAAGGUUUUAGUGAAAUACCUGAAGGAUCUUGCUGCACAGCUAAACACACCAGUUUGCAGAAAGGAUAUCCAGAGUGAUUCUGAUUGGCUGAGUGUCAACUUGGGUCUGUUCUCGACAACAGCAGACUACUCUGAUCUUAAAGAAUUGAAUAUCUCUGGGGUGGAGGUUCUGGACUCACUUUCUCCAGAACAGAAAGCAGAGCUGAUACUUGAUCCAAACAGCGGUGCUCUGGAGAAUGAGACGCUGGUGAAAGAAGUGAUGAUGGGAAUAAUCUCAUCUUCUGGAGAGGAGCAGCUCUAUGUGUUCUUUGAGAUGUUUGUCAGCAUCACCAAGCAGGAACAAAUCAACUUCAUUGAAAACGCAGCUGUGAGAGACGCAAUCCUGAACAUGACUUUGACGGCUCUGGCUCCCAACUUUGACACCUUCCAACCAAGUGAAUAUGAGUUGUGGUUCCAAGUGAAUCUGUUUGUUGUACUGGCCAGUUUCCAACCCAUUUGGCUGCUGGUGAUCCCUGGAAACCUCAGCUGUGACUCCUAUAAAGCAAUUCUGAAGGGCAUGGACAUGAGUCUUGCAGUUCUUCCACUCGACCUUGGACAGGAACUCAGAUCAAGCAGAGAAAUGCUGAGCCAGACUUUGCCAAAAGGUUGUACAGCUCCCUUCCCUGUUGGAGUGUGCAAGAAGACAGUAGUAGAUGAAGCACACAUUUGUCAAAGUGCAGGAAGUCAUCCAGUUCAGACUCAAGUCUCCUUUGGAAAUGUCUCUGCUCAGCUCUGCAACUCCAGCAUCUCUGACCUCGCCUGUUCAUCAGUUGCAGCUCUGUCCUCCAGCGAUCUGGCUGAAGUCUUGGCAUGCAAUCUGGACAGCAGCAUGAACUACAGCAGGGCACUUUGGAAUGUUUUCUUCAAGAAGUUUGCAGCAUCUCUGGAUGAAGCCCUGGAUGCGUACUCCAACAUGACCCUCACCAUCAGUCUGCCUGACCCAGAUGUUCUUGAUGCCAUUGCUGAGGUGAAAGUCAACAUGUUCAGCGAUGCACAGCUUACGGAUGCCGUUUUCAUCACCAAGUGGUUCCAGGAAAGGCUCAGGCCAUUUUUGUCAUCAGUGUCCGCAGACUUCCUCUCCUGUCUCAGUUCCAAGAACUUCAGCUGUCAGACCUACCAAGUUGUGGUGGAGGCUCUGAGCAGGCAAGAUCAACUCUUGAAAGAGGAACAGAAAUGGUCCAUCUUUACUUAUUUCAUCUAUCCCUUCCUCUCAAGAGAUGACCUAUCAGAUCCCAGUUGUGUUUCCAGCACUUCUGGCAGCAGUGACUGGCUAGCAAAGAACUUUGGCAAGUUCUCCGCCUAUGCCAGCUUGGAGGAGCUUUUAAUACUGAAUAUACAUUUCUCCAGCUUAGAUUCUUUGGACCUGCUGACCCCUAGCCAAGCAGCUGAAGUAACUCUGACCUCUGGAGCACUGAACAGCACAAGUCAGAUGGACCAGGUGUUCGAUCGACUAGAGAAAGGCGAUGCUUUCAAGAAUGUGGAUGAGUUUUUCACAGCCCUCACUGAACAGGAGCAGGUUGCCGAUAUCAUCCCUGCUGUGAGAGAUGUGAUGAUGAAGCGAACCUUUGAAAUCAUCAGCAUUGAGUUUCCACAGUUUGAAACCCUUGACUGGAUCGAGUGGUUUGAGGUCAAGCUGAACCCUGUCCUUCCUAGUUUCACUGCAGAGAUGCUAGUAACAACCAUCAACAACACCGACUGCACUAACUACCGAGUGAUUGUUUCAGGAAUAAGUGCUGUGUUCUAUAAAAUGACUGCCAGCAACAGGGAGGACAUAACAAAGGUUUUAGUGAAAUACCUGAAGGAUCUUGCUGCACAGCUAAACACACCAGUUUGCAGAAAGGAUAUCCAGAGUGAUUCUGAUUGGCUGAGUGUCAACUUGGGUCUGUUCUCGACAACAGCAGACUACUCUGAUCUUAAAGAAUUGAAUAUCUCUGGGGUGGAGGUUCUGGACUCACUUUCUCCAGAACAGAAAGCAGAGCUGAUACUUGAUCCAAACAGCGGUGCUCUGGAGAAUGAGACGCUGGUGAAAGAAGUGAUGAUGGGAAUAAUCUCAUCUUCUGGAGAGGAGCAGCUCUAUGUGUUCUUUGAGAUGUUUGUCAGCAUCACCAAGCAGGAACAAAUCAACUUCAUUGAAAACGCAGCUGUGAGAGACGCAAUCCUGAACAUGACUUUGACGGCUCUAGCUCCCAACUUUGACACCUUCCAACCAAGUGAAUAUGAGUUGUGGUUCCAAGUGAAUCUGUUUGUUGUACUGGCCAGUUUCCAACCCAUUUGGCUGCUGGUGAUCCCUGGAAACCUCAGCUGUGACUCCUAUAAAGCAAUUCUGAAGGGCAUGGACAUGAGUCUUGCAGUUCUUCCACUCGACCUUGGACAGGAACUCAGAUCAAGCAGAGAAAUGCUGAGCCAGACUUUGCCAAAAGGUUGUACAGCUCCCUUCCCUGUUGGAGUGUGCAAGAAGACAGUAGUAGAUGAAGCACACAUUUGUCAAAGUGCAGGAAGUCAUCCAGUUCAGACUCAAGUCUCCUUUGGAAAUGUCUCUGCUCAGCUCUGCAACUCCAGCAUCUCUGACCUCGCCUGUUCAUCAGUUGCAGCUCUGUCCUCCAGCGAUCUGGCUGAAGUCUUGGCAUGCAAUCUGGACAGCAGCAUGAACUACAGCAGGGCACUUUGGAAUGUUUUCUUCAAGAAGUUUGCAGCAUCUCUGGAUGAAGCCCUGGAUGCGUACUCCAACAUGACCCUCACCAUCAGUCUGCCUGACCCAGAUGUUCUUGAUGCCAUUGCUGAGGUGAAAGUCAACAUGUUCAGCGAUGCACAGCUUACGGAUGCCGUUUUCAUCACCAAGUGGUUCCAGGAAAGGCUCAGGCCAUUUUUGUCAUCAGUGUCCGCAGACUUCCUCUCCUGUCUCAGUUCCAAGAACUUCAGCUGUCAGACCUACCAAGUUGUGGUGGAGGCUCUGAGCAGGCAAGAUCAACUCUUGAAAGAGGAACAGAAAUGGUCCAUCUUUACUUAUUUCAUCUAUCCCUUCCUCUCAAGAGAUGACCUAUCAGAUCCCAGUUGUGUUUCCAGCACUUCUGGCAGCAGUGACUGGCUAGCAAAGAACUUUGGCAAGUUCUCCGCCUAUGCCAGCUUGGAGGAGCUUUUAAUACUGAAUAUACAUUUCUCCAGCUUAGAUUCUUUGGACCUGCUGACCCCUAGCCAAGCAGCUGAAGUAACUCUGACCUCUGGAGCACUGAACAGCACAAGUCAGAUGGACCAGGUGUUCGAUCGACUAGAGAAAGGCGAUGCUUUCAAGAAUGUGGAUGAGUUUUUCACAGCCCUCACUGAACAGGAGCAGGUUGCCGAUAUCAUCCCUGCUGUGAGAGAUGUGAUGAUGAAGCGAACCUUUGAAAUCAUCAGCAUUGAGUUUCCACAGUUUGAAACCCUUGACUGGAUCGAGUGGUUUGAGGUCAAGCUGAACCCUGUCCUUCCUAGUUUCACUGCAGAGAUGCUAGUAACAACCAUCAACAACACCGACUGCACUAACUACCGAGUGAUUGUUUCAGGAAUAAGUGCUGUGUUCUAUAAAAUGACUGCCAGCAACAGGGAGGACAUAACAAAGGUUUUAGUGAAAUACCUGAAGGAUCUUGCUGCACAGCUAAACACACCAGUUUGCAGAAAGGAUAUCCAGAGUGAUUCUGAUUGGCUGAGUGUCAACUUGGGUCUGUUCUCGACAACAGCAGACUACUCUGAUCUUAAAGAAUUGAAUAUCUCUGGGGUGGAGGUUCUGGACUCACUUUCUCCAGAACAGAAAGCAGAGCUGAUACUUGAUCCAAACAGCGGUGCUCUGGAGAAUGAGACACUGGUGAAAGAAGUGAUGAUGGGAAUAAUCUCAUCUUCUGGAGAGGAGCAGCUCUAUGUGUUCUUUGAGAUGUUUGUCAGCAUCACCAAGCAGGAACAAAUCAACUUCAUUGAAAACGCAGCUGUGAGAGACGCAAUCCUGAACAUGACUUUGACGGCUCUGGCUCCCAACUUUGACACCUUCCAACCAAGUGAAUAUGAGUUGUGGUUCCAAGUGAAUCUGUUUGUUGUACUGGCCAGUUUCCAACCCAUUUGGCUGCUGGUGAUCCCUGGAAACCUCAGCUGUGACUCCUAUAAAGCAAUUCUGAAGGGCAUGGACAUGAGUCUUGCAGUUCUUCCACUCGACCUUGGACAGGAACUCAGAUCAAGCAGAGAAAUGCUGAGCCAGACUUUGCCAAAAGGUUGUACAGCUCCCUUCCCUGUUGGAGUGUGCAAGAAGACAGUAGUAGAUGAAGCACACAUUUGUCAAAGUGCAGGAAGUCAUCCAGUUCAGACUCAAGUCUCCUUUGGAAAUGUCUCUGCUCAGCUCUGCAACUCCAGCAUCUCUGACCUCGCCUGUUCAUCAGUUGCAGCUCUGUCCUCCAGCGAUCUGGCUGAAGUCUUGGCAUGCAAUCUGGACAGCAGCAUGAACUACAGCAGGGCACUUUGGAAUGUUUUCUUCAAGAAGUUUGCAGCAUCUCUGGAUGAAGCCCUGGAUGCGUACUCCAACAUGACCCUCACCAUCAGUCUGCCUGACCCAGAUGUUCUUGAUGCCAUUGCUGAGGUGAAAGUCAACAUGUUCAGCGAUGCACAGCUUACGGAUGCCGUUUUCAUCACCAAGUGGUUCCAGGAAAGGCUCAGGCCAUUUUUGUCAUCAGUGUCCGCAGACUUCCUCUCCUGUCUCAGUUCCAAGAACUUCAGCUGUCAGACCUACCAAGUUGUGGUGGAGGCUCUGAGCAGGCAAGAUCAACUCAUGAAAGAGGAACAGAAAUGGUCCAUCUUUACUUAUUUCAUCUAUCCUUUCCUCUCAAGAGAUGACCUAUCAGAUCCCAGUUGUGUUUCCAGCACUUCUGGCAGCAGUGACUGGCUAGCAAAGAACUUUGGCAAGUUCUCCGCCUAUGCCAGCUUGGAGGAGCUUUUAAUACUGAAUAUACAUUUCUCCAGCUUAGAUUCUUUGGACCUGCUGACCCCUAGCCAAGCAGCUGAAGUAACUCUGACCUCUGGAGCACUGAACAGCACAAGUCAGAUGGACCAGGUGUUCGAUCGACUAGAGAAAGGCGAUGCUUUCAAGAAUGUGGAUGAGUUUUUCACAGCCCUCACUGAACAGGAGCAGGUUGCCGAUAUCAUCCCUGCUGUGAGAGAUGUGAUGAUGAAGCGAACCUUUGAAAUCAUCAGCAUUGAGUUUCCACAGUUUGAAACCCUUGACUGGAUCGAGUGGUUUGAGGUCAAGCUGAACCCUGUCCUUCCUAGUUUCACUGCAGAGAUGCUAGUAACAACCAUCAACAACACCGACUGCACUAACUACCGAGUGAUUGUUUCAGGAAUAAGUGCUGUGUUCUAUAAAAUGACUGCCAGCAACAGGGAGGACAUAACAAAGGUUUUAGUGAAAUACCUGAAGGAUCUUGCUGCACAGCUAAACACACCAGUUUGCAGAAAGGAUAUCCAGAGUGAUUCUGAUUGGCUGAGUGUCAACUUGGGUCUGUUCUCGACAACAGCAGACUACUCUGAUCUUAAAGAAUUGAAUAUCUCUGGGGUGGAGGUUCUGGACUCACUUUCUCCAGAACAGAAAGCAGAGCUGAUACUUGAUCCAAACAGCGGUGCUCUGGAGAAUGAGACGCUGGUGAAAGAAGUGAUGAUGGGAAUAAUCUCAUCUUCUGGAGAGGAGCAGCUCUAUGUGUUCUUUGAGAUGUUUGUCAGCAUCACCAAGCAGGAACAAAUCAACUUCAUUGAAAACGCAGCUGUGAGAGACGCAAUCCUGAACAUGACUUUGACGGCUCUGGCUCCCAACUUUGACACCUUCCAACCAAGUGAAUAUGAGUUGUGGUUCCAAGUGAAUCUGUUUGUUGUACUGGCCAGUUUCCAACCCAUUUGGCUGCUGGUGAUCCCUGGAAACCUCAGCUGUGACUCCUAUAAAGCAAUUCUGAAGGGCAUGGACAUGAGUCUUGCAGUUCUUCCACUCGACCUUGGACAGGAACUCAGAUCAAGCAGAGAAAUGCUGAGCCAGACUUUGCCAAAAGGUUGUACAGCUCCCUUCCCUGUUGGAGUGUGCAAGAAGACAGUAGUAGAUGAAGCACACAUUUGUCAAAGUGCAGGAAGUCAUCCAGUUCAGACUCAAGUCUCCUUUGGAAAUGUCUCUGCUCAGCUCUGCAACUCCAGCAUCUCUGACCUCGCCUGUUCAUCAGUUGCAGCUCUGUCCUCCAGCGAUCUGGCUGAAGUCUUGGCAUGCAAUCUGGACAGCAGCAUGAACUACAGCAGGGCACUUUGGAAUGUUUUCUUCAAGAAGUUUGCAGCAUCUCUGGAUGAAGCCCUGGAUGCGUACUCCAACAUGACCCUCACCAUCAGUCUGCCUGACCCAGAUGUUCUUGAUGCCAUUGCUGAGGUGAAAGUCAACAUGUUCAGCGAUGCACAGCUUACGGAUGCCGUUUUCAUCACCAAGUGGUUCCAGGAAAGGCUCAGGCCAUUUUUGUCAUCAGUGUCCGCAGACUUCCUCUCCUGUCUCAGUUCCAAGAACUUCAGCUGUCAGACCUACCAAGUUGUGGUGGAGGCUCUGAGCAGGCAAGAUCAACUCAUGAAAGAGGAACAGAAAUGGUCCAUCUUUACUUAUUUCAUCUAUCCUUUCCUCUCAAGAGAUGACCUAUCAGAUCCCAGUUGUGUUUCCAGCACUUCUGGCAGCAGUGACUGGCUAGCAAAGAACUUUGGCAAGUUCUCCGCCUAUGCCAGCUUGGAGGAGCUUUUAAUACUGAAUAUACAUUUCUCCAGCUUAGAUUCUUUGGACCUGCUGACCCCUAGCCAAGCAGCUGAAGUAACUCUGACCUCUGGAGCACUGAACAGCACAAGUCAGAUGGACCAGGUGUUCGAUCGACUAGAGAAAGGCGAUGCUUUCAAGAAUGUGGAUGAGUUUUUCACAGCCCUCACUGAACAGGAGCAGGUUGCCGAUAUCAUCCCUGCUGUGAGAGAUGUGAUGAUGAAGCGAACCUUUGAAAUCAUCAGCAUUGAGUUUCCACAGUUUGAAACCCUUGACUGGAUCGAGUGGUUUGAGGUCAAGCUGAACCCUGUCCUUCCUAGUUUCACUGCAGAGAUGCUAGUAACAACCAUCAACAACACCGACUGCACUAACUACCGAGUGAUUGUUUCAGGAAUAAGUGCUGUGUUCUAUAAAAUGACUGCCAGCAACAGGGAGGACAUAACAAAGGUUUUAGUGAAAUACCUGAAGGAUCUUGCUGCACAGCUAAACACACCAGUUUGCAGAAAGGAUAUCCAGAGUGAUUCUGAUUGGCUGAGUGUCAACUUGGGUCUGUUCUCGACAACAGCAGACUACUCUGAUCUUAAAGAAUUGAAUAUCUCUGGGGUGGAGGUUCUGGACUCACUUUCUCCAGAACAGAAAGCAGAGCUGAUACUUGAUCCAAACAGCGGUGCUCUGGAGAAUGAGACGCUGGUGAAAGAAGUGAUGAUGGGAAUAAUCUCAUCUUCUGGAGAGGAGCAGCUCUAUGUGUUCUUUGAGAUGUUUGUCAGCAUCACCAAGCAGGAACAAAUCAACUUCAUUGAAAACGCAGCUGUGAGAGACGCAAUCCUGAACAUGACUUUGACGGCUCUGGCUCCCAACUUUGACACCUUCCAACCAAGUGAAUAUGAGUUGUGGUUCCAAGUGAAUCUGUUUGUUGUACUGGCCAGUUUCCAACCCAUUUGGCUGCUGGUGAUCCCUGGAAACCUCAGCUGUGACUCCUAUAAAGCAAUUCUGAAGGGCAUGGACAUGAGUCUUGCAGUUCUUCCACUCGACCUUGGACAGGAACUCAGAUCAAGCAGAGAAAUGCUGAGCCAGACUUUGCCAAAAGGUUGUACAGCUCCCUUCCCUGUUGGAGUGUGCAAGAAGACAGUAGUAGAUGAAGCACACAUUUGUCAAAGUGCAGGAAGUCAUCCAGUUCAGACUCAAGUCUCCUUUGGAAAUGUCUCUGCUCAGCUCUGCAACUCCAGCAUCUCUGACCUCGCCUGUUCAUCAGUUGCAGCUCUGUCCUCCAGCGAUCUGGCUGAAGUCUUGGCAUGCAAUCUGGACAGCAGCAUGAACUACAGCAGGGCACUUUGGAAUGUUUUCUUCAAGAAGUUUGCAGCAUCUCUGGAUGAAGCCCUGGAUGCGUACUCCAACAUGACCCUCACCAUCAGUCUGCCUGACCCAGAUGUUCUUGAUGCCAUUGCUGAGGUGAAAGUCAACAUGUUCAGCGAUGCACAGCUUACGGAUGCCGUUUUCAUCACCAAGUGGUUCCAGGAAAGGCUCAGGCCAUUUUUGUCAUCAGUGUCCGCAGACUUCCUCUCCUGUCUCAGUUCCAAGAACUUCAGCUGUCAGACCUACCAAGUUGUGGUGGAGGCUCUGAGCAGGCAAGAUCAACUCAUGAAAGAGGAACAGAAAUGGUCCAUCUUUACUUAUUUCAUCUAUCCUUUCCUCUCAAGAGAUGACCUAUCAGAUCCCAGUUGUGUUUCCAGCACUUCUGGCAGCAGUGACUGGCUAGCAAAGAACUUUGGCAAGUUCUCCGCCUAUGCCAGCUUGGAGGAGCUUUUAAUACUGAAUAUACAUUUCUCCAGCUUAGAUUCUUUGGACCUGCUGACCCCUAGCCAAGCAGCUGAAGUAACUCUGACCUCUGGAGCACUGAACAGCACAAGUCAGAUGGACCAGGUGUUCGAUCGACUAGAGAAAGGCGAUGCUUUCAAGAAUGUGGAUGAGUUUUUCACAGCCCUCACUGAACAGGAGCAGGUUGCCGAUAUCAUCCCUGCUGUGAGAGAUGUGAUGAUGAAGCGAACCUUUGAAAUCAUCAGCAUUGAGUUUCCACAGUUUGAAACCCUUGACUGGAUCGAGUGGUUUGAGGUCAAGCUGAACCCUGUCCUUCCUAGUUUCACUGCAGAGAUGCUAGUAACAACCAUCAGCAACACCGACUGCACUAACUACCGAGUGAUGUGA